AUGCUGAAGUUCGUGAUCCUGCUGUCCGCCGUUGCCUGUGCCCUGGGUGGCACCAUUCCCGAGGGUCUCCUGCCCCAGAUGGAUGGUCGAAUAAUCGGUGGUACUGCCACCAGCAUCAGCGACAUUCCUUGGCAGCUCUCCCUGCAGAGUUAUGGUAGUCACUACUGCGGUGCAGUCAUCAUUUCCCCGUCCUACGCACUGACUGCCGCCCACUGUUUACCUGACUACAUCCCCAUCGAGGUUUUGAGAGUCCGUGCCGGAUCUUCCUGGUGGUUCAUUGGUGGCGACCUUAUUUCUGUGGCCUCCAAAACGGCCCACGAGGACUACGACUCCUCCACUUUGGAUAACGACAUUGGCCUCAUCGAGCUGAGCCAAGCCCUGACCUUCAGCUCUUACAUCCAGCCCAUCGCUGUGGCUACCUCAGACCCCGAAGAUGGUGAGGAUGCUAUCGUCUCCGGCUGGGGCUCUCAGCUCCCUGGCACCAGCAUCAACUCGCUUCAUCUGCGUGCCGUCCCAGUGAAAACUAUUAGUGAGACCGCGUGUCGUUCGGCCUAUGGUAACAGAAUCACGGCUAACAUGUUCUGCGCUGGUGCCCCCGGCAAGGAUGCCUGCCAGGGUGACUCCGGUGGCCCACUGGUCACCACUAAUGGAAUAGUUAUUGGUGUCGUCUCCUGGGGAAACGGUUGCGCUAGGCCACAAUAUCCUGGAGUCUACACCAAAGUCGGUAAAUAUUUAACUUGGUUUAGGAAUCAAGGCGCACCGGUAUAG